AAGUCGUUUGGCCCUGCUUGGGGAGUACAUAAAGAAGCGCAAUUUCAAAAUUUGUCAGUUGGAAGUUCAGUUUUUGCUGUCCUUGGUCAGGGGAGUUCUUCAGCUUCGUUUAAAAGUAUCUAAACACCAACCACAGCAGAAUGUCUGACGAGGAGUUUGGCUCGGGAUCUGGUGAGGACUCUGGCGAGGAGAGCACGAGUGGGGCCGAGCUGGUCGCCACCGCUGGAGCGGCGGGGAAAGCCGCCAGGCCGCCCGCCAACCACCCUUCCACUCUCGACAUGGUCGUAGAAGCUAUCGAGGCACUCGCCGACUCGAAGGGCGCGUCCGUGCAGGCCAUCAAGCAGUGGAUCCCCGCCCGCUACCCCACGGUGGACCCCGCCCGGCUCGGCUCACUGGUCAAGAAGGCGCUGGCGAAGGGACUGGAAACCGGCAGGCUCGUCCGUCCAAAGAAAUCUGAGGGCCUUACCGGAGCUACAGGACGGUUCAAAGUGGGCAAACCACCUAAACCCGAGAAGAAACCAGCCAAAAAGAAGCCUGCAGCGAAGAAAGCCAAGCCAACAAAGAAGGCGGUCAAUUUCGAAAAUGGCGACGCCGCCUCCGACGAAUCUUCUCCCGAAGAAAACGGCGUCUACGAUUACCCUGAUGAAGGCAGCGAUGAGGAAGAAGAAUCGCCUCCCUCCCCUCCGCCUAAGAAAAAAGCUAAGGCCAAGAAACCUGCUGCUACGAAGACUAAGAAGUCACCCAAGGAAAAGGCACCGGCCAAGAAGACCAAGGCAGCGGCCGAGAAGGCGACCAAGUCUACAAAAGCUGCGGCAAAGGAACCGAAGGCAAACGGCACGUCCAAACCAAAAUCUAAGACGAAGGCAGCGGCGGAAAAAGAAACAACGAAAUCAAAAAAGUCUCCCAAGAAAACCGCGGCCAAGCCUAAAGGAAGACCCAAGAAGGUGGUAGCUGAUUCGGACUAGUCGGUUGCCGUUAUGACGUCAUACCAAACUGAAAAUGGUAUCUAUCUUAAAUGAUGUCAAAUGGCUUUGAAAAAUAUUCCACAUGCUUCGAUUCUUUGUAGCUUUUAUAUCAAAACAUGACGGCCGUUUUAACGAGUUUGUGAAUUUGGACUGGGUCAACUGAACUUCUACCUCUACUUCAAGACUUGAUUUUCUUGUGAUAUUGUGAUUUUCGUUAAAAAGUAAAUUUGAUGUAUUGACUGUAAGUAAAUUUGUAGCAUCUCGAGUGUCUAUGUAUUAUCCUUAUAUUAAAUAAAUGAUGUUUUAAGU